UCACCGCCACCUUCCUCUGUUUUUCUCUCUCUCUCUCUCUCUCUAGAGCUCAAGAGAGAGCAAUGGCGGAGCUCGUCGGCGAUGGCGCUGGAAUGCCGAGGGUGGUGACUAUCCUCUCGUCCCUGCUCCAGCGCGCCACUGACCGCAACGACGCUGAGCGGCUCGUCUCCGGCGGCGCGACUUGGAGGGUUUCGGCUUUCCAUGGCCUCACCAAACCCUCCAUCUCUCUUCGCGCUUACCUUGAGCGCAUAUUCAAGUACGCCGGAUGCAGCACCUCGUGCUACGUCGUCGCUUACAUCUAUCUUGAUCGAUUCGCCCAGCGCCACCCAUCAAUCCCUUUUGAUUCCUUGAAUGUUCAUCGAUUUCUCAUCACCAGUGUUCUCCUCGCCGUCAAGUUCUUGGAUGAUUUAUACUAUAACAAUGCAUACUUUGCUAAAGUGGGAGGGAUUAGUUUGAUGGAGAUGAACUUCUUGGAGGUUGACUUGUUGUUUGGAUUAGGAUUUAAUUUGAAUGUCACACCAUUCACCUUCACUACUUACUGUUCUAUUCUUCAAAGAGAGAUGUACUUGGAAUCACCUCCUGUUCUUCCAAAGUUCCAUUGUUUCUUAUCAGAGGAGGAAUCCAGCAGCUGCCAACAAAAGCAGCUUAUUGUCUGAUUGUUGUUUUUGGUGAAUAGAUUCUAGUAUGAGUUUUAGUUGUUAGGUUUGGUAUGUUGUGUAGAGAUGUAGAGAUGUGUUUUUUUUUUCCUUCUUUCUUUUACUUCUUUUUCAUUGGAUUCUACCAGUGUUUGGGGAUUAUAUAUAUGGAUGGAGUUCUUUUCA